ACAAUUUGUUCUUUUGGAUAUAAUCUAUUGCUACCAAGGAUAGCAAGGCCAUCAUGUAUACCAUAGAGGAUAUGGUACUACAUCAUAUAUUAGCCACUGCCAAUUAAUAUUACUCAAUAUAGAAGUCAAUAGUGGGUGACUUUUAUAAAUUUGCAAUUUUUCCAUUUUGAAUCUUUAUUAAGACAAUUUAGGAGCUGCAGGAAAAGGCUCACCAGGACCAAGAUUAGAUAGACAAAGACCUCCAACUGGUGGAGAGGGAGAAACCCCUCUAGCUUUACUAGAGAACUAAAACACUUCAUUAAUGAAGAGAAUGGAUGCAGUAGAACUGAAAUAUUUUGUGAACAUUCUUUCUACUAGGUUAGUAACAAUGGAAUAUCCUCCAAAGUUUAAGUUGAUUCUUAGAGCUUUUAAUAAUCAUUAUUUUAGACACUGUUCUUAAGAGCAUGAUAAGGAUUAAAGAAAGUUUGAACAUGAAUGUAGUCCCCCUGAUUUUGAUGGUGACUUUAGUGAGGCUUGCUCAAGUGAAGAAAAAUUCAAUAUGAAUAUAAAUUUACUGGAAUCUACUUAGACCGUUACUGCUUGGAAAGGAUUACAUUGCAUCUAUUAGCCACUCCUCAUUAUGCAUGGCCCAUCCAGAGACUGAAAGCUUUGGAAGCGACCUUCAUUCUUAGUGUACAAGUGUGGAGCUGGCUGCGGAGCCUUCCGACUAUGCUUUCUAGAAGUAGCAAAGAAUUGAUAUAGUGUUUUUAUAGUUGGUUACUCAAUUCUGAACAGCUUCGUGUCUAGAGCAGAUCACAUAAAAUUUGUAUCCGCUUCGGGGUCAUUUAUCUUGGAGUGUAAGUUUAUACCUCUGUUUAGAGAGGAUUAGCUUUUCAGAAUGCAUACUUAUUUACGGUCUUACUUCAGUUCUUUUAGCAGCAAGUGCAGAAAAGUUGGUAUACUUCUAAAUGAGAGUGAUCGCUGAGUUCUGCCAUGCUUUCUAUGAGACUUUGGCCUUAAGGAUGUUUAUCAUCGUUAAGACCAAACACUCUGUAAUUUUUCAAUAAUUACCCAC